AGACCGACACAUCUCUAAGCAUCACAUACUGCCUGAGAAGUACAGUAACGCCAGGAAAAGGAGCCGAGGUGUAAAUCUGCAGGUUGUCAUCAGUGUGCAGACGAGGAGACUGUCAUCUCUACCAGCCGAGGCGUCAUUUAGCGCCUGACGGGCGGUCUCGCGAUUAUUUUUUUUUCCCUCCUCUGAAUUGAGGAAGAAAACUUCAAACUGGAGAAUCACACUUGUGACAAACUUUCGCAUCUUUACUGAGACGGUCGUCAGAUGGUGGAUGAUGUUAGCUCAAAAUACUGAAGGAGGCUUCAGCAGCGGCUUAGGGCCUAUCCUGUUUCUCAAUAACCCGAGCAGAGGCAAUAUGAAGCUGAACAUACUGGCUUGGCCAUUACACUGGGGUCUCCUGCUUCUCUGUAUACUAAGCCUCUGCAGCCAGCUAGUGUCCACUGGCAACCAAAGCUCCCGAGGACAGACAGGGUCAUCGCAGGAGAGGACAGGGACUUGUGAAGUGGUUGCUGCUCAUCGUUGCUGCAAUAAGAACAAGAUUGAAGAACGCUCUCAAACAGUCAAGUGCUCCUGCUUCCCAGGACAGGUAGCGGGCACAACACGGGCUCUGCCCUCUUGUGUUGAAGCCUCUAUUGUGCGUCAGAAGUGGUGGUGUAAAAUGGAGCCGUGUCUGGAGGGGGAGGAGUGCCGAGUUCUCCCUGACCUCACUGGUUGGUCAUGCAUCUUUGGGAACAAAGUAAAGACCACAAAGGUGAGGAGAGGCCCUGCAUUAGUCUGA